UGUCUCGCGGGCUGGCGUGACGCCAGAACUUCACCGACAUGACAGCAAUCGGCCGUCGGUACAACGCCUCCUUCCAGCAGACGAUGCUGCGCAUCAAGGACCCAAAGGUCUCGGUCCCAUUCUACGAGCGCCACUUUGGGAUGAAGCUCGUGCACCGGUACGACUUUCCUCAGUGGAAGUUUUCGCUCUAUUUUCUCGAGCGGCCGCGCGACGCCGCCGCCGCAGCGCUGCCCUCGCCGGGCACGAAGGCGUCCGAGGCGUAUCUCUGGUCGAUGACGGGCACCACGCUCGAGCUGACGCAGCGCAGCGCAGCGCAGCGCAUUUGAGAUGAGCUGAGCCUUCCCUCACCCUUCUCGUCUGGCCCUCAGGCACAACCACGGCUCAGAGGAAGACGACUCCUUCUCGGUGUGGAGCGGCAACUGCGGCAGCGACCUGCCGGCCGAGUCUCCGCUCUUUCGCGCGGGCGUGGUGAGAGGCUUCGGGCACAUCGCCUUCAACGUGGAGGAUGUGUACGCGAUGAGCGCGGCGCUCGAAGCGGCGGGCGUCGCCUUCCAGAAGCGGCCCGACGAGGGGAGGAUGAAGGGGCUCGCCUUCUGCCUCGACCCGGACGGGUACUGGAUCGAGCUCGUCAAGCGGGAGGAGGGCCUCUUCCCGGAGCCGCAGAACCUCUCUCAGACGAUGAUGCGAGUCAAGGACGCCGACCGCACGAUCCACUUCUACCGCGACAUCCUCGGGAUGGACUUGGUGCGGGCGAUGCACAUCCCUGGCGACUUUACAAACUACUUUUUCGCCAACUUGACGCCGGCGCAGAGGGAGGCGAUGGCGGACCCGGAGUCGGCGGAGGCGCGAGCGGCGGUCAAGACGCUGUGGCAGCCGGUGCUCGAGCUAACGCACAACCACGGCACCGAGAAGGACGACGCCUUCCACGUGCACACCGGCAACUCGGAGCCGCUCGGCUUUGGCCACAUCGGCUUCCUCGUCGACGACCUCGAGGCGACGUGCAAGGAGAUGGAGCAGGCGGGCGUCCCCUUCCACAAGAGGCCGCAGGACGGCGGCAUGAGCAGCCUCGCAUUCGCCCUCGACCCGAGCGGCUACCGGGUCGAGCUCGUGCAGCGCGGCGCCUCGUUCGCAGGCGUGUGCUCCAACUUUUGAGGAGCGGGGCCCGGCGUGUGCAGCACGCCAGAGGCACGCCGUUUCGCGUUUGUUUGGGUCUCUCCCCUUCCCACGGCCCGGCGCCCGCCGCGCACGGGGUGUCAGACCGACGGCCGACGCCGCGACGCCGGGGCCGCGUGUUCAUUGUUCUCUUUUUCAUAAUUGGCC